AUGGAGUGGAUCGCCACCCUCGAGAAGGAACGGCGAAACGUGUACGCGGGCGCUGUGGGCUACUUCGCCUUCACGGGCGACAUCAACACCUGUAUCGCCAUUCGGACGAUGACCAUCAAGGACAACACCGCCUAUCUCCAAGCCGGCGGAGGCAUCGUCUAUGACUCGGAGCCCGAUUUCGAGUACUGGGAGACCGUGCACAAGAUGGCCGCGUUGGCCAGAGCGAUCGAUCUGGCCGAGGAGAACAGCGUCACUGCCACCCAAGCCUUCGAGAACGCGGAGAAUGCGCGCGCUCACGCGCCGGCAGCGUCGUCCUUCAACACCAUGUGGACCGACGCCGAGAACCGACAAGGCGUGACGGGAGUGAUCCUGGCGCAGCAGCUGAACGUCGUGCCCCAGGGCGUGGUGUGCACCCCGGACGAGAGCAAGCGUGGCCGGCGCACGCUCAUGAUCGACAACUACGACAGCUUCACCUGGAAUCUCUACCAGUACCUCUCCCAGCUGGGCCAGGAGGUGAUCGUUCACCGGAACGACAAGAUCACGCUCGAGGAGUGCCUGGCGCUGGCGCCCGACCGACUCGUCAUCUCGCCCGGCCCCGGCUGGCCCAAGGAUGCCGGCGUGUCCAGCAAGCUGAUCCGAGCGCUGGCGGGCAAGAUUCCGAUCCUGGGCGUGUGUCUGGGCCACGAGUGUAUGGUGGAGGAGUACGGCGGCGUGAUCGAGCACUGUGGCGAGAUCGUGCACGGCAAGACCUCCAACAUCAUUCACGACGGCAAGGGCCUCUACGUCGACAUUCCCAACAACGUGCCGGUCAUCCGGUAUCAUUCGCUGGCGGCGAGGCACACCGCCCUGCCGCCGGACUUCGUUGUGACCUCCAAGACUGCCGGCGGAGUGAUUAUGGGCAUUCGCCACACCAAGGUGCGGAUGGAGGGCGUGCAGUUCCACCCGGAGUCGAUCAAGACCGACGACGGCAUGACCAUGCUCAAGAACUUCGUCUCCUGGACCACCGGCACCUGGAGCGAAGAGGAACUCCAGGGUCCGUCGUUCGCGUUUGAGGGCGACAAGGCCACCAGCGCGGCUCAGGCCCAACUCAGCGCCCAGGACACCUCCAUCAGGCAAGCGCUUCGUUUGAUGGCCGACCAGCAGGUGCUCACGUCCGACCAGAUCAUCGCCUGCAUCCAGGAGAUCAUGAGCGGAACUGCGCCCUCGUCGCAGGUGGGCGCCUUCCUGUUCGCCCUGCGCGGUGACCGGAUUUCGCCGGACGUGCUGCUGGCCUCGGCCAAGGCCAUGUCCUCCUUCGCCAUUCCCUGCGCCGUUGGCGGACCCGUCAUCGACGUUGUGGGCACCGGCGGCGACAGCGUCGACACCUUCAACGCCUCCACUGCCGCGGCCUUGUACUGUUGUGGCUGCUGCGGGCGGCGGGUGACGAAGCACGGCAACCGGUCGUCGUCGGGCCGUUGUGGAGCUGCCGACUUCAUGGAGGCGCUGGGCGCCUGCAUCACCCUCAACUCGCCCCAGCUCGCCACCGUCAUCGAGGAGUGCGACAUGGGAUUCCUCUUCGCGCAGGUCUUCCACCCGGCGAUGAAGUCCGUCAGCGCCAUCCGCCGCGAGCUCGGCAUCCGGACCAUCUUCAACAUCCUGGGUCCGCUGACCAACCCGGCCUCGCCCACGCACAUGCUGGUCGGCGUGGGCUCCAUCGAGCUGGGCGACCUCUACGCGCAAGUGCUCCUCAAGAUGGGCAAGCAAGCGAUGGUGGUCCACUCGGACGAGGGCCUGGACGAGAUCAGCCCGUGCGGACCUACCCAGGCGUGGGUGGUGAAGGACGACGCCAUCACACGGACCGUCAUCAAGCCGGAGGACUUUGGCCUGCGCCCGCUCGCCAUCGACGACAUCCGCGGCUCGGCGCCCUCCGAGAACGCCGCCCUCUUCAGGAAGAUCGUCGCUGGCAAGGAGCACCACCCGGUGGUGGACUACGUCGCGCUGAACGCCGGCGCGGCGCUGUUCAUCGGCGGGCUGGCCGAGACGCUGGCCGCGGGCGUGGCCCUCGCGCAGACCACCAUCAAGUCGGGCAAGGUGGCCGAGAAGCUCGACCGCUACAUCCGCCUCUCCCAGCAACACGCCUGA